AACUUUCUUCAUACUAGUACUCUUCCACCCUGCGUCUUUGUCAUUCAAACUUAACCAAAUUAAAGUUCCCCAGAGAGAUUCAGUGUUGCUUUUUUAUACUCAUUCUCUCUUUCUCUCAGUUUGCUCUUUGUGUUUCAGAGUUAACACUAUAUUUUCGCUGUGUUUUACUCUCAUUGUGGAGUGUUUGGGGAUUAAGGAAGCUUAACAACUAACAAAAAUGAAGUACGUUCUUGUAACUGGAGGAGUUGUUAGUGGCCUCGGCAAAGGUGUCACUGCCAGUAGUAUUGGCUUGCUUCUCCAAGCUUGUGGACUCCGAGUCACUGCUAUCAAAAUUGAUCCUUACUUGAACACAGAUGCUGGAACAAUGUCCCCUAUUGAGCAUGGAGAAGUUUUUGUGUUGGAUGAUGGUGGUGAGGUGGACCUGGAUCUUGGAAACUAUGAGCGCUUUAUGGAUAUCAAGUUGACCCGUGAUAACAACAUAACUACUGGGAAAAUUUACCAGUAUGUAAUUGAGAAGGAGAGAAGAGGAGACUAUCUGGGAAAAACUGUCCAGGUUGUCCCUCAUAUCACUGAUGCUAUUCAAGAGUGGAUAGAGAGGGUGGCCCACAUACCGGUUGAUGGAAAAGCAGGUCCAGCUGAUGUGUGUGUCAUAGAAUUAGGUGGAACCAUAGGGGAUAUUGAGUCCAUGCCAUUUAUUCAGGCAUUAGGACAAUUCUCAUACAGAGUUGGUGCUGGCAACUUUUGUGCAGUUCAUGUCAGUCUUGUUCCUGUUUUGAAUGUUGUGGGUGAACAGAAAACAAAACCAACUCAGCAUAGUGUUCGUGGACUAAGAGGUCAAGGGCUGACUCCACAUAUCUUGGCUUGCCGCAGCACCACGGUACUUGAUGAGAGUGCAAAGGGGAAACUCUCCCAAUUUUGCCUAAUUCCGGGUGAAAACAUAAUUACUCUCUAUGAUGUUCCUAACAUCUGGCACAUUCCUUUGCUUUUAAGAGAUCAGAAGGCUCAUGAAGCAAUAUUCAAAGUGCUGAACCUCAAAGGAAUGACUCAAGAACCAGAUUUAAAGGAAUGGACUAGGAGAGCUGAAUCCUGUGAUAUGCUUCAUGAACCAGUUCGUAUAGCCUUGGUGGGGAAAUAUACAUGCCUUUCAGAUUCCUAUCUCUCUAUUCUAAAGGCCUUAGUUCAUGCUUCUGUUGGAUGGCACCAGAAACUUCUUGUGGACUGGGUUUCAGCUACCGACCUUGAAGAGGAAACCGCAAAAGAGAAUCAUGAUGCUUAUAAGGCAGCAUGGAAGCUAUUAAAGGGUGCUGAUGGUGUUCUUGUUCCUGGAGGCUUUGGAGAUAGAGGUGUGCAAGGAAAAAUGGUUGCGGUUAAGUAUGCUCGUGAAAACAGAAUUCCAUUCCUCGGCAUUUGUCUUGGAAUGCAAAUCGCUGUCUUGGAGUUUGCUCGAUCUGUUCUUGGAGUACAUGAUGCUGCUAGCACUGAAUUUGAUCCGAAAACCAAAAGCCCUUAUGUCAUAUUUAUGCCUGAGGGAUCAAAAACACACAUGGGGGGCACCAUGCGCCUCGGAUCUCGGAGGACUUUUUUCCAGACCAAGGAAUGCAAAACUGCAAAAUUAUAUGGCUGCAAAAGCUUCAUUGAUGAGAGACAUCGGCAUAGAUAUGAGGUGAAUCCUGAUGUGGUGGCUCGCCUUGAAAAUGCUGGUCUUUCUUUUACUGGGAAGGAUGAAACUGGUCAACGCAUGGAGAUUGUUGAGCUGCCUAAUCAUCCUUAUUUUGUUGGUGUUCAAUUCCAUCCUGAGUUUAAAUCAAGACCAGGAAAACCUUCUCCAGUGUUUUUCGGGUUUAUUGGAGCAGCAUGUGGAAAACUGGAUGCUGUACAUCACUAUUCAAAUGGAGUAGGAAAUGAUAUAUCAGCAGCAGCCAAAACAUACCAGAAUGGAACUCCAACAAAACCAGCUUUUAGAGCAGAAUAUGCAAAUGGAAAUUGCAAUGGCAAUGGCAAUGGAUUGCAUUACUAAAUGUUACUGCUCUUGUUGCUUCUUCAUCUUAGUAGUGUUGAGGAGGGAUUUCAGUUUGUCUAUGAAACUUGUCUGUACAGUGAAAUUGAACCUUGGUGGUAGGUAUAGAGGUUUCAGUGAGGAGAUACAGAGAAAGAGCUUGGGCCCGGUCUUUUUUAUGGGCUAAGCUCUUUUUAAGUUUAUAAUGUUUUCAGAGUGGAGAAACUCACAAGGUUUCUUUGUCUUUUAUAUGUUUCAAUCCAAUGCUACCUCUUGGCUUUUGCAAAGACAUGAUGGUGAUUUAUAGAGAAAUUAUUGUGGA